CUUCUUCGGAGGGGGAGGAGAAUAGCUUACUUUCCCUAGAGGGCCUGAGAAAGAUCAGUUUACAGACUCCAGCAUAGGGUAGGACCCUUCCUCUUUCCCUAUGUCUUGGUGGUGGCAUCUGGUGACCAUCAGCUUGCAUUAGCUCACAGUUGGGGCAGAAAACAUUACCAGGGCUCCUUCUCUUCCCCACCUAAAACAUACUCAGUCCUUUCACUGACCUGGCUUCUGAUUGGAGGUUGGUUGCUUCGGAUAAUGACCUCCAGGACCCCACUGUUGGUUAGAGCCUGUUUGUAUUAUUCUUACUGCAACUUAAGAUGCCUGCAGGGGGGUGUGAGAAAAGGUAAAAGACUGGUGUUUUCACAUCCCCAGGUACCAGAAGCAGAAGACUCACAGUGUUCCAGCUACGAGGGGGCCCAAGGUGAUAUCUGCCCAUGUUGCCUUCCAGACUGGCUACUUGCCACGAUGAGGCAUCUUCUUCAGUAUGUCGCCUGCUUCUUUGCCUUUUUCUCUGCUGGGUUUUUGAUUGUGGCCACCUGGACAGACUGCUGGAUGGUGAAUGCUGAUGAUUCCCUGGAGGUGAGCACAAAGUGCCGCGGCCUCUGGUGGGAGUGCGUCACAAAUGCUUUCGAUGGGAUUCGCACCUGUGAUGAGUAUGAUUCUAUAUUUGCGGAACAUCCCUGUACGUAUGCCUUAAACCUCUCUACUUGCCGGGAAGGCAAUGCCACAGAAAACUGA